AGGACAAAUAUACGUGCGUGUAUAGCUCUUUUGAGCCCAGGAAAUGGCCUCUUCGGGAGUAAGCGAAAGCCUCACCAUAUAUUCUUCUGUACACGUCGAUUGGUGGUCCGAGCACUCAGAGGGAAACGGGUUAUAAUAUCAAUGAACGCGAACGCGAAAUCAGAGAGAUGGGGAUCCGAGACUGACGACGCGCGUGGCGAAAAACUUUUCGCCACGCGCGUCUCUCAGUUAGAGCAGUUUAUUGACGCACAUGAGUUAGAGAUAGUCAACAACGCGAGGGAGGGUCCGACAUUCGAAUCAACAAACGGGAGUUCGUACAUCGAUGUGACACUCGUCACGCCUAAAAUCGCGAGUAGCAUUCUUAGCUGGUCCAUUACGAGGAGCUGGGUGCAGAAUACUGACCACUACCCGAUCGAGAUCACUCUAGGGGCUAAUUCGGGGGAGGAGGAUGGCGUACAGGCGGACCCCAAAAGGUUUAACUUAACGUUGGCCAAUUGGGAAAAGUUUGACGAAAUCCUCUUCUCGUGUGCAUGCACAAACCUUGAAGGCCUUGGAUUGGAAUCGAUUGAGGACGUGGAAAGGUAUGCCUCUGCACUUGGCCAAUCAAUUUUAGAAGCUUGCGAAGCCGCGAUACCACGUAGAAAAACCCAUGUAAAAUCAUACCCAUGGUGGACCAGAAAACUGACCAGAUUUACCUGGUCAAAUAGCAAAAACAACACUGAUAAACGAAAUUUUACACGAUGGGACGUUGGCAGAAUUAGGAGACAUAAUAAUAAUUUCAGCUAUAUUGCGACGUCCUAU